CGAUUGUAUUUACGUUUUACGAAACAUGACAUGAUAAAAAUAUUUAGGACACUCAGCCACCGUCUUGUUAACCUAAGACGGAUUUCUUUGUUAACAGUGGGAACUGCUGUACUAAGGAAGUUACAUAUAUAUGAAAGAAUGACAUCUGUCACUUUAGAGUCCCUAAAUUUUGACAAUUUAGCCCUCCGUUCCCUUCCUAUUGACCCAGAGAAGGAAAACUUUAUACGACAAGUUUCAGGUGCGUGCUUCUCGAAAGUAAAACCAACGCCAGUAUCCAACCCACAGUUAGUCGCAGCUUCAGUUCCUGCACUGUCACUCAUUGAUCUCGACGCAGCACAGAUAGAAAGGGAAGACUUUGCAGAAUUCUUCAGUGGAAACAAGCUGUUGCCUGGUUGUGACACUGCUGCACACUGCUACUGUGGUCAUCAGUUUGGGUAUUUCUCUGGACAGCUGGGAGAUGGAGCUGCAAUGUAUCUUGGUGAGAUUGUCAACAAAUCUGGGGAGAGAUGGGAGAUACAGUUCAAAGGUUCAGGACUGACUCCGUAUUCUCGUUCAGCUGAUGGCAGGAAGGUUCUCCGUAGUACCAUCAGGGAAUUCCUGUGUAGUGAGGCCAUCCAUCACUUGGGAAUUCCCACAACAAGAGCAGGAACAUGUGUCACAUCUGACUCCCGGGUGAUCAGGGAUGUAUUUUACGAUGGAAAUCCAAUACAAGAGAGAUGCUCAAUAGUGCUCAGAAUUGCUCCAACAUUUCUCAGGUUUGGGUCAUUUGAGAUUUUCAAACCAACAGAUUCAGAAACAGGAAGGAAGGGGCCAAGUGUUGGAAGAAAUGAUAUCCUGACCCAGAUGUUAGAUUAUACUGUCCAGACAUUUUACCCUGAAAUAUGGAAAGCUCACAGCUCUGACAAAACAACAACUUAUGUAGAAUUCUUCAAGGAGCUGACAAGAAGAACUGCAAGAUUAGUAGCAGACUGGCAGAGUGUAGGCUGGUGCCAUGGAGUUCUGAACACAGACAACAUGAGUAUUGUUGGAGUGACCAUUGAUUAUGGUCCAUUUGGUUUUAUGGACAAAUAUGACCCAGACUUUAUUUGUAAUGCCUCAGAUGAUGGUGGAAGGUAUACAUACAUAAAACAACCCCAGAUUUGUAAGUGGAACAUGAAGAAGUUUGCGGAGGCUAUUCAGGGGGUGGUUCCCUUAGCAAGGACAAUUCCAGAAACCAAGAUAUUUGAUGAAGAGUAUAGUGACUACUACACAAAGAAAAUGAGGAAAAAGUUUGGUUUGAUCAACAAAACAGAUGAAGAAGAUGGAAAGAUGACAGGAUCUUUUCUGGACACUAUGCAGAAGACUGGAGCUGAUUUCACUAACUGCUUUCGCUGUCUGAGUCGCCUCCCUUUGCCUGGCUCUCCUGAUUACGAAGAUAAAUUACAGGAGGUUAUUCAGUACAUCCUUACCCAGUGUUCAACUGUAGAGGAGCUGAAGAAAGAUUAUAGACCUAGAAUGAAUCCAAGGCAGUUUCAGAUGAUUCUAAUGUUGAUGGAAACAAAUCCACAGAUUGCUUCUUCACUAGGAAGAGGGUUUUCUGCCUUUACCCAAGAAAUAGAAAGGCUUGAAAAAUACAAAGAAUUAGAGAAAAUUACAGAGGAGGACAAGAAGAAAGAGAACACAGAACUAUGGACAAGCUGGUUCAGAAGUUAUACUGAUAGGUUGAAGAAAGAAGUAGAGGGAGUGACUGACUUAGAGGCAGCCAAUCAGAAGAGAAAAGAGGUCAUGAAUGCUACGAACCCAAGGUUUAUUCUCAGGAACUACAUAGCUCAGAAUGCAAUAGACGCAGCUGAAAAGGGAGAUUUCUCUGAGGUGCGUCGAGUGCUGAAGCUAUUGGAAACACCAUAUAGUGAUGAAACAAAUCUGGAAAGUCUUCUUCAGAAGCCAAUUGAAGUUUCCAAAGGGGCAACUAAGGAAGAUGAUUCCAGUGGUGAUCUACCAAGGACAUUUGUAGGACAGUAUUAUGAUGAUAAGCCACCAAUGUGGUCAGCUGACCUGAGGGUCACUUGAUCCUCAUAAAACCUCACAGACUUUGCCUGUUCCUGAAGACUGGACUCUGAUGUCAUAUUUCAUAAAACUGGUUUACUUCAGACGUAUAUAAUAAGUGGUAGUUAUAGCGAGAUACUGAUGAUUCAAUCUUCAAAAUCACUAUUUUUAAACAGUAGUGAUCAAAAUAAGAAUUAUCUAAUAACAAUUUAUUGAUAUUCCCCUUUUUAGGGGAUUGUUUCUGAAUUUCAUUUUGAUAUUAUUUCUCUAUAUUCAAUGCAGUCUGCACCUCUGAAUGUGAUAUUUAUGAGAACUUAAUGAAAUUGUAUGUGAUUUAAGGGCUGUGUAAACAUGUCUUCCACAACAGUUAAUUGUAAUGAGACUUGGCAGCAGUGAUUUCAAUAAUUAGGAACAGGCUGUCACAUAGUUCUGUGUGGUAUUAACAGAAAGGGAUAUUAUAAUAUUACAUGAUUUAAAGAAAUGUAACAUUUCUUUUUUAUGAUGGUGUUGAAUUCAACCUUAUUAGGUAUUCAAAACUUGAACUUCAAAAUCAUGUAUAACUGUAGCCAAGAACUACUGAUUUUUGAUAAAGUUUUUUUUAAAUUUUUUUUUUAUUUCAACUCUUUUGGUCCUACAUAAUGGUCAAAAUGUGACUGGAACAAUAUUUAUUUUUCAAUGAACUGUACAAACUAGAUUGGUUUAAAAUACAUUUUAGAGAAAAAAAUUUAUCGCUAAAUAUUUUGAAAUGUUAGGCAUAUCAUAUUGUA